AGUUUUUUUUCUUUUUUUUCAUCUCAAGACUGAGGAUGGCCCUCAUUCUGACCUUCUCUUUCUUCCUUCUUCCUUCUUGGUUGAAAUUCUAGCGUAUCGGAGUCAUGGUGGCUUGACCAUCGCUCGGCUAUCACUCCUCCGCUGGAAUUCUCUCCAUCCUCUGUUUCUCUUGUGUUUGAAUUUACAGAAAUUUAAGCGAAGAAACCCCAAAACCCCCAAAUCAGAAUUCCCAAACCCUAAAAUUUUCAAUCUCUCUUACCACCCCUAAUUCACCACCUCGAUCAUUCGUGCAUGUCGUCAUCGGCUACUGGAGUCGCCGGAAAUGCAAAAGAACCGCUGGAACCGUAGAAAUUUCUCUGCUUCGCUAGAGCUCAUCGAUGGAAACCCAAGCCAUAGAAUUGGUCGCGAUUUCCAGAGGAGUUGAAUGAGACCUGUGCGCCGCCGUUUAGUGGCUGGACGGAAGGUUUCUGGUCGAGUCUUCUUUGCGGUUUCCGGGUUCGAGAAACGGGUCUCCAGGUGGAGCGAAAGUGAGAGAGGCCUCUGUGAUCGUAACCGUCUUAUCUAAAUUCGCAGACAUGGUCGCUCUCAAGUUUCACCAGUACCAGGUGGUGGGUAGGGCUCUCCCCAAGGAUGCCGAGGACACCCCCAAGAUCUACCGCAUGAAGCUUUGGCACACCAAUGAUGUUCGCGCCAAGUCCAAGUUCUGGUAUUUCCUGAAGAAGGUGAAGAAGAGCAAUGGCCAAAUUGUUGCCAUCAAUGAGAUUUUGGAGAAGAAACCUACUGUUGUUGAGAACUACGGUAUUUGGUUGAGGUAUCAAAGCAGGACAGGGUAUCACAACAUGUACGAGGAGUACCGUGACACCACUCUGAAUGGGGCUGUGGAUCAGAUGUGCACUGAGAUGGCUUCUCGCCACAAGGUCAGGUUUCCUUGCAUCCAAAUCAUCGAGACUGCCACGAUCCCAGCUAAGCUUUGCAAGAGGGAAAUUACCAAGCAAUUCCACAAUUCCAAGAUCAAUUUUCCAUUGAACUCUGAUGAUGCAUUUAUGUCAGAUUAUGUUCGAAUCCUCAUUUUAGGUUCAGUCUGGCAAGGCUUCUGAUAAGCUGCUGUUUGCGUACUUCCCUUUCCUGGGGUUUGGUGUUUUGGCCAUACUACAUGGGCUGCUGACAACUUCCAGGACGAGUAGUUCAAUGAUUGGCAAGAGACCUAUGCUGGGCAGGAAAAAGAAGGCUUGAGAUACACAACUCACUGACUCAGACUUUGUAAUUCUAUCGUCAUUUUGGGAGUUUCAUAUUUGUCAUUUUUUCUAAUUGAAAUGCUCCUUGUGUUUGUGCCUCUGUUAUCAUAUUGCUUAUUGAAAAUAAGGGUCAUUUCAUCUUUAGAUUUUGCUAGGGUGGUGAUUGUCUUUGGUAUCUGAACUUGCACACAAGGCAUUUGGGAAUUCAAUUUCUAGGGUGGUGAUUUUCCCCAUGGCAUUUGGGAAUUCAAUUUCUAGGGUGGUGAUUUUCCCCAUGGCAUUUGGGAAUUCAAUUUCUGAAUUUUCGUUAAAAAAAAAAAGAAAAAAAAAGGUGAACUUGUGUUCAAUUUAUGGUCAGGAACUCGUUGACGAGUUAAGGGUAUAUUUUCUCUUCAUUGACAGAGCUGGUUAUGGCGCGCUCAGUUAAGAGUGAAGCAUAUGAUAUUCAAGAACUAGCCGACACGUUGCAGAUUGGGUCCAAAUUCUAUGUAAUUGGAAUCUCAAUGGGGGCUUUACCCUGUUUGGAGUUGCUUGAAAUACAUACCGCACAUGCAUGGUACUUACUUGAA